UCACACACGGAGCGGUUUAGCCGCGCGCGGUCGCGGUUUUUUAUCCGCGACCGCAACCGCUAUGUACUUACACACGGAGCGGAUCAAACGCGGUUUAUUAAGGCGGUUUUUAUAAUUUAUAAAAUAUUUCGCGCCAAUUUAGUGUUCGCGCUAAUUUGUAACAGAGGUGUAUACAAACAGUUGAGCUAUCAACGUGUUUGAGACAACAAGUGUUCGGUUUAUAUAUUUUUUCAGUGUAAACAGUUUUUUUUAUAAAACAAAAAACAUGGACAUUGCAUUAAAUGAUGUCGAAGCAGUAUGUAUUGCAUAUUUACUAAAUAAAAGACAUAAAAAACAAAAUAAAACUAAAAGGCAAUAUUGGGUGCAUCCAUUAAAUGUAAAAAGGCCCCAGGAAGGCCAAUUCAAUAUUACUUUUAUGACCUUGCGAGCGCACCCAGACAAAUUUUUCGACUACUACAGAAUGAGCAUUCAAUCUUUCGAUGAACUGGUUUUACUCGCCGGACAGCACAUCCAAAAACAAUAUACAAAUAUGCGUAUCCCAAUUUCACCAGAGGAAAGGUAUUUGGCAACUGGAACGCAUUUCUCAGCAUUACAUUAUGAGUUUCUAAUGGGUGUGUCGACCAUAACAAAAAUAGUGCGGGAAACUUGCAAAGUAUUAUGGACAAUUUUGCAGCCAAUUGAGAUGUCAGAGCCCACAACUCAUGAUUGGCUAGAUAUAGCUGAAGGCUAUUUUGAAAAAACCCAGUUUCCAAAUACAGUCGGAGCGGUUGAUGGAAAACACAUACGAAUAGAAUGUCCCAGGAAUAGUGGAUCGCUGUACUACAACUACAAGAACUUUUUCUCACUGAUACUUAUGGCUAUUUGCGACUCAAAUUAUUGCUUUCGUAUCAUUAAUGUGGGAUCGUACGGUAAAGAGAGAGAGUUGCUAGGGUAUUCGGAGGCAGAAAGAUGGGGAGGUAGCGGCGAAGAAGAAAUUGUUGGAGAAAGGUGA